GUUCAUACUGCCACAACAAUUCAAUUUCUGCCAGACGUCACAACUGUCAGUCGUGUUGUUUGAUUACAAUUAACAAUUGAUAAACUGGAUUGGAAGCACAAAAAAUGUCAUACGAUUGGCUCAGCAAUGCAAUUGAAAAGAGAAAUAUUAAGCGACAUGUAGCAUGUAAAGAAGUAUUUGACCAUCCGCUAAAAGCUACGGCACCCACGACGGUUGAAACGCGUGGCUUGCGAAAACAAAGCAGUCAAAUCAGCAGUCGAACAUCGUCAGUUGUUUCAUUAGACCCAUUGAGUUUGGAUGGUUCGGAUCCAUUAAGUCAUUUUGCCAAAAUUGACUCAUUCGAAGUCGACCCACUGACAAAACUAGCCAAUGAAUAUGGAACGACGACGGCGAACAAAAGCAAAGAAAAGCAUGAGGUGGUCGAAAGUCCGCUUGAAAAUCAUUGGAAUUCUCGCCGAGUAACAAUCUUAUUGAAAUACACAACGGCCGAAAAGUUGACGAUUGUUUCGAGUUUUUUGCAUGGCGGCGAAUUAGUGAAGACACAAAUCACAUUUUCGGAGAAAGUAAAGAAUCGUCUGGAGCAAUUAGAUGAUUUUGAAGAUGGUUCAGUUCGACGCGUGAAUGAUUUGACACAGCAAGAGUAUCAAUUUCGUAUUGAACAAUUGAAUCAGGAACUGAUUCAAGCAUGGAAAACGGACCAGCGGGUAAAGGCAUUGAAAAUUGCCAUCCAGUGCACAAAAGUAUUAGCCGAUACAUCGGUCAUUUCCUUUUAUCCCAGCCAAUUUGUGUUGAUCACAGAUAUCCUGGACAAUUUUGGCAAAUUGGUAUUUGAGCGUUUGCGGACGAAAGCGGAUUAUUUUGAGCCAGGUACCAAUGUUGCCAAACCACUCCCCGAAAACUUUACAUGUGAAAUGGUAUCAGGUGAUGUAAAAGAGACAUGCCUAAAUUGGUUUUACAAAAUUGCGUCGAUUCGCGAGCUACUCCCGCGAUUAUAUUUGGAAAUUGCCUUGAUAAAAUCAAUGAGUUUUUUGUCGCAAAAUGAAUUCGAUCAGACAUUGCUUCGGCUGUGCCAUAUGAUUCGUGGUAUUGGUGAUCCGUUAAUUGCUGCCUAUGUUCGUUGCUAUUUGUGCCGUGUUGGGCCAACUGUCACAAAACAUACAAAAUACUUGGAAGAAAAUCUGAAUGAUUUCCUAUUCGUUUAUCAUACGGUAAUUCUUCUCGGUGGACUGCGAACCGAUUUGGCACAUCAGCGUAUUACUUUGGGUGAUUAUCUAAAUCUAUAUUCACCGGCUUUGGAUUGGAUUAUGCACUGUCUUGUGGUACAAUCGACGGAUGCCGUCUUGGAUGAUUUUCUCACAAAGUGUCAAGAUAAGAAGAACAAUGGUCUUUUGCUACAGUCGCUAUUAUCAUCAUACAAACCGCACUUUAUCGCCGUGCGUGCCAACAAGUUCGUUCAUAUAUUGUCGAAUAGCAAUCAUGACGGUGUGACAAGAGGGCAAUUGUUUCGCUUGCUUGGCUUGAGCCUGUGCAAACAGUCCCCUCCGGAAGAUCAACAUUUGUCUGUGCUUAAUGGAGCGUGGAAAACAAUCACCACAUUAACUCAAGCAUCGGAGUUUAUCCAUUGCAUUGAGCCAUGGGCCGAAUUUGCUAGCGCUAACUUUGGGGUAAAGGAAAUCGACACUAUUUUGAGCGAAGUCAUUGUGCGAAUGAACCAAAAUCGGGCAUUUGAAAAGCACUAUCCCGAAUUGCAGUCAAUUUGCAACAGCAUCAUUGAAAAUAUCAAGGAUUUGGAAGCUCUAAUGACAUCGGACAACUUUUUGCUCUUCAUCGAUUUGUUCAAGAAAGAUUCAGUUCGAAUGGAUGUGUGCAAGGAAAUACUGACCGCAUACAAAGCAAAUGUACCAGUGCCGCCUUAUGAACAAGAGUCCAACAUUAGCGAUGUUGUUGUCAUGAAUUCACUGCUGCAAAUUGCAAAGUACCUCAACGACGGAAUCACAGCAAUGACCAGCGAAGAUGAACAACGUCAAGUAACACAAUUGAUAAGUCAUUUUGUGCGAACAAUGUGUUUCGGCAGAGAUUUUGAAGCUCAAUUGUCAUUUUAUGCAGAAGCUCGAGCUACAUUCCCUAAUUUGGAUGGUGUCUAUGUCACCCUUGUACAGUGUGUCAAUUUGCUGGCCAAUAAAACGCGUCGCAUUGUAAAUGGCAAACAUACGCGGAAAACCGGUGCUUUUGUAAAAUCGUGUGCUGCAUACUGUUUCAUUACAAUUCCAAGCAUAUCAUCGGUGCGAUCGCGAAUGGAUUUGUAUUUGAUGUCGGGUCAAGUGGCAUUGUUGAAUUUAUGCAUUGGUCAAGCGGAUUCUUUUUUCGAAACCGCAAUCAAUCUUAUCAAAGAGCUGCCCAGAACCUGUGAAAUUGAUGGCAAACCAAAAUCAACUGAGAAUUAUCUGAUUUCGUUCAUAUCGACUAUGCUUUCGACACUCCUAGUGACACCGGAUUCACCCGAACAAGGCGUACUGUAUUUAUUGCGCACACUUCUCGACGUAGUGGAGAAGUUGUCAUUAGAACCAGAAAGUGGAUGCCUUACCAGAAUAUAUUUACUGAUAUUAGAUGUUUUGAUGGCAUCAGCACGGGAAAAGUAUCCAUAUCACAUUCCAAAUGUAAUAUCAAACGACGAAUUGUACGGGUCCGAUCCCAAAUUUAUCAAUGAAGUGCAUACGAUGUGCUCACAAAUUAUCGAAUCAAUUUUGAUCCAAUUGAAACUGCUCGGCAGCAGCAACAAUUUGAGAGCACAGUGCCAAUACGCACUGGAUUUGUUUUUGAAAUUGGCACUGCAUGCAAAUAUUGCCGUUGAACGGACAUUCACUCUAACGCUCAAUCUAUGGAAUUUAGCCAUGAAAAAUCGGAAAUUCAUCGAUGCCAAAGUGCCCGGCAGAAUUUUGAUGAAAAUCGAAAAUUACAUGAAACCCAUCGGUGAUCAACAGCUGCGACACGCAUUCGAACAGCUCACUUCGAAAAUGAAAGUCAAAAUGUAAAACGAAGCAAUUUGUUAAGAAAAACAUAUUAAAAUGAUAUAUGUAUCGUGUAUCCUUUGAAUUGAUAUUA